GGCGCAAACUAGCAGCUAGACUGCAAGACAUGUGGCUGAGACUUUCUGAAAGCUACGCUUCAUAUUUACGUAAAAACAAUUUCCAGAUAACGCGAUUUAUCAGCAUUAUAUUACAGGAGAUUGGACGCUGAAAACUGUUAAGUAGGUGGAAACUAGCCGCAGCUGCAUUCAAAGUGACAACCAGAGGCCGGACAUGACUGGAGCUGAAAGUGGUGGCCAAGGCCCUCCUGAUGGGUCAGAUGCUGAGGAGGCAGAGAGAUGUCCGAUCUGCUUGGGCGUUCUGGCUGGAGGCGAGCUCGCCAUGCCCGACAGCUGCUGCCAUAUGUUCUGCCUCAGAUGCCUCAUCACGUGGGCAGAGUUGCAGAUGUCUCCCUCCUGCCCUGUGGACAGGAGACCCUUCAGCGAUGUUUACAGAUUGGAUGGAAACCUCCGCCUUGUGCAAGUUCCUUUGAGGAAACAACCAGUUCGAGUCGAGGCUGAGAGUUGCAGCUGUAGAAACCCCGAACAGAAAAUCUGUCUAAAAAGUAAGCCUACAAGAAGUCUGAGGCGACAGAAGACGGAGAGAACUGCUGACACCAAAACAAAAGGACUUGUGAGGAAAUGUAACGAAGAGGACCCCUUAUCACUGAGCAGAAAAAAGGUGAGGGGAACAGAGUGCUGCACGUGGUCACCGCCCCCCUGUGUCUCAGUAACAUCAACUCAGGACAUUGCUGAUCCUGCUUGGCUAGCAGAGGACGUACCGUACGACACUGGAUUCCAGCAGUGCAAACCCCAAUCACAACGUUGUCCUUGGCUACACCCUGCUGCUCCCAUCCCUGCUGACGGCACCUCAAGACUUUUUCAUGAAGCUAGUUGGAACAGCAACUCAUUUCCAUUUGGGCUCAUCUCAUCUCCCUUCAACACCAGCUCACCGUUUAGCCCGAGCCAUUUUGUAUUUCAGGGUGUAGUCUGUGCUGUCACGUGUCCCAAAGGAGGAGAAAAGCGAGGCGGUAGAUCAUCAACAUCCAAAGCUCCCACCAAAGAGUCUCUACCUGCAAGAAGAUCUGGACGCAACAGUAAAACCGAAGAGGAGACUCCUGCACCUGAACCUGCAUCACCUCCACAGUCUAGUUUGUCUAACUCUGACUCCUCCACCAGCCAACCCAACAAGCCAGGCAGGACUUCUCAGGUGCCAGCUAAGAGGAAGGGGAAACGAGUAACAAACCGAAAGGCCAGUGGCAAACGGAAAGCUGCAGCCAAGAAAAAGUCCUCUCCUGAAGUCGUCAGCAGCCCAGUAGCAAGCGAGGAUGAGGAAGGGAGCGAUGGAGGUGAGAACAGCGAGAAGGUGGAGCAAGAGGAAGAAACUAUAGAACAGAAGGAUGAGGACAACUCGGAUCAGCAGCUGAAUGAUGCCGAUAGUGGCCUCGCAGAAGAGCAAAGUGACUUAAACUUUGCGGAUGAGCAAAGUGGUGCGGGAUCUGUAAGCAACGAUGGGGUGCAGGGCAGUAAUGAGAAUCAGGAAGAAUCCAGUGAACAGCAAGAGAAGGCUGAUGUGGGAAAUGAUGACCUCUGUCUGUCAGAAUCUGCUCCUAACAGCCCUGUCUCGUGCUCUGAAGACAUCCAGAGUAAAACAGUGGAAGAAGAGCCAGCUAGCCCAGUUUCCUCUGAGAAAAAUGAUUCUGAGAUAAAUACAUCCCCAUCCCCUUUUGCCUCUCAGAACUCUUUACAGGAAGACAUGAUAUCUCCUUCAUGUGACAAGCAGGAGCAGGAUGAUGACAUGGAGAUUGAUGCAGAGUCAGUAGAAGACAAGGAUGAAAAUCCUUUAGAGGAAAUUAAUUCAGAGUCAUGUGAGAAUGUGACACAGGUUGGUUUUUCCUCUGAGGAAAAUGUAACUGACUUGGCAGCCAAAGCUUCAGAGGACACCGAUGUAAACAUGAAUAAACCAGAAGAGUGUUUAGGAGUCGACAGCUCUGAGGGUGUUACUAAGGACAAUGUGAUGUUCAAAGAUGACGGCGCAUCCAAGGAUGACGGUGUGUUCAAAGAUGAUGGUAUAUCCAAGGAUGACACAAAUGUUGUCCCAAUGGACUGCAGUUCCCCCUUGAGUGAGCAGGGGAACAACUCCCUAUUUAAUCUUCCAAGUGAGAAGGCUUCCCCAGCUGCUGAAGAACCACCUGCUGCUGCUGCUGCUUCAGAAACUCUAGGACAGCAAGAUGGCAGCUCCAGAGAGCAACGGGAGAGACAAAGGAGCCAAGAGAGGAAGAAUGGAAAGCAGCGGCGCUCUCGCUUCCACUCCCCAACAUCCACCUGGUCACCUCAGAGGGACUCCAAGAGAGAAUCAUCCAGGCGCUCACGGUCAAGAGAGCGUGAUUGCAGCCUGCCGUCAGGUCGGUCUUCACAAGCUCGCAGCAGAGAUAGAGAUAGGGACAGAGACAGGGAUCGAGAUCGGGAUCGAGAUCGGGAUCGAGACGGAGAGAGAGACCAUCAUAGGAGAGACCGCAGCCGUGAAAGAAGGAGGCGGCGAUCCAGGAGUCGUUCUAGGUCAAGGUCUCGGUCUAGAUCUCGAUCAAGAACAAGGUCCUACAGGCGAGCACCCAGUCCUGAACGUCCUUCAUCCAGAGAGCAGUCUCCCCCUAGGAAGGACCGUAGAGGCGGCUGGAGGUCUGGGCCUGAUGGAUCUAGUUCUGAGGGACGGAAGUAUCAUGGAGGUGCUGGUCGAUUUGAGAAUGGUCUUCCUUCAGAAAGUCCUCCUGAUCGCCAGGGCUGGUCGGAAAAUCCCGACUGGGUCACAGAAAAGACACAAAGUGAAGCUGAAAGCCGAAACCGGGACUCUGGUUUCAGUGGUGGCUCGUCUUGGGAAGACCACCUCAAGAGCAGCGGAAACGGAAGAGAACCACGUGGUCGAGGAGGCCGUGGAGGGUUUGAACGUGGCCGAGGAGGAAGGGGAGGCAGCGGCAGCCGUAGCUUCUACAACCAACAGGAGGACAUGGCCGACAGCCGGUGGCAGCCUAGGAACAACUUCUCAGGUACAGGCAACAAUUCAGGGAACGACUCGUACAGCCGCUUCAACGAAAACCGAAGUGGUGGCCGAAAGAAGGAGUCUGAGCCUGGAGACUCUAUGGUUGACAGAUCGGGCUGGUCCUCAGCAUCCAGCUGGGCUGUUAGGAGGACGCUGCCUGCAGAUGUGCAGGACUAUUACUCCAAGAGGGAAAGAGGAGGACCGGGCAGCUGGAAUAGAACAGAGGAGGAGCAGCAGCCAGCAGCAUCAGAUCCACCAAAAAGCGAUCCUCCUCCCCAGGCAGUCCCAGGCAACGCUCCGGUCCCUGUUAUGAAUGUGAUACCUCCUCAGCUGAAUGUUCUUCACCAUCACUACCCCAUCCAGAGCCUGCAAGGACCCCUCCCUGUCAGCUUGCAGCCUGCAGCUCCCUACGCCAUGCCUCCUCAGGUCCCCAUGCACCUCCACCCUACCGUGCCACUGCUUCAGGUGCCUACUGUCGGUGCGCAGGGCCUCCCACCCCCUCCCCCUCCACCUCCACCCAUGCAAGCAGGCAGCCAGACUGCAGCAGCUCAGCCUGAUGGCCACACGACACAGAUGGCGAGCACUGUUGUGUCUUAUGGAAAAUCCACCCUCCUUCCCACACCAACCAAAGCGGGCUUUGCAGCAGUGACCCAGGGCCAGCCAGCACCAAGCCAGGUGCUACCUUCGUCUACAACUCAGCCCAGCCAGCAUAACAAGGUUCAAGCUGACAGCUCCAAAAAAGAAAAGAAACAACAGAUCCAAGAGAAAGCUAUAAAUGAAGUGAAGACAGCCAUCAAACCCUUUUACCAAAAAAAGGAAAUCACAAAGGAGGAAUACAAAGAGAUCGUCCGCAAAGCAGUAGAGAAGGUAUGUCACAGCAAGAGUGGGGAGGUGAACUCCAGCAAAGUAGCCAACUUGGUGAAGGCCUAUGUGGACAAAUACAAACACGCCCGCAAGAAAUGAACUGCUGCCCUGCUGCUGGGGAGGCCGUGCCCUCACAGACCCAUUCUGCUGCUCAAGUGCAAUUUUCUCCUGCUGGAAUUUGGCCUCCAAGUUGAAAGAUGAUGGAGAGCCAGCAUUUUCUUUUUUUUUUAUAUCUACCUUUUCUUGAAUGAAGAUUUUUUUUCUAUAGAUUUUCAUAUUUUGUUAGAAAAGAAUGACCCAAUCAGAAAUUGUAAUGCAAGAGCCCUUUAUUUUGCAUAGAUCACAUGACUUGGGAAUCUACUGUAUAGAGCUUGGUGAACAAUGUCCGAUCCUGUAGUGGAGAGCCUCUGGCACUGGUAAAUUUUCCCUUCCUGAUUUCAGAACUUAAUUGAAAGUUGUCAAUGUCCUUUUUUUAAAAAAUAUCUCAUCUGAGAGCCUAGUUGAGAAAAGUGCAUUGCCUUUAUUCACUUCUGUGGCCCAAUGAGGGGCUGGAAUCUGAUGACUGUGAUUGUAAUCAGGGUGCUGAUUGGCAGUUGUCCAAUCAGCAGUGAGAGAGUCAUGCAAGUUCCCAAUGAGGGGGUAUUUCAGGUGAAAAUUGACCCUUACCCCCCCCCCCCCCCCCCCCCCCCCCCCCCUUCCUGAAUGUGUAAUAAAUAUCAAUGUCUGUACAUGAAUUGUGCAAAGUAUCCAGAUAGUAGUUAAAUAAAUUAGCUGCUUUCUAAUUCGCUGUUUGUCAAAGGUGGUACCUGACAAAUUUUACAUACCACCAAAUUUUAGGUUAAAGGUGUAUUUACAGCUAUGAGCCACAAGAUUGGUUGUAAACAAUCAAUUUAUUCAUAAUGCUCAAUACCUUUUAAAUAAUUUUGUUCAUGGUGGUGUUAAAUUUGUACUCACUUGAAUGAAAACUUGACUACUGGGGAGUGGUAAUUGAAGGGACUGCACACUGACAUGCUUUUCUGUUAAUCUGUCCAUUUAGUCCUCAGAUUCUUGGUGGAUGUCAUUCUAUAAUCUCACGAUGAUGUCCUUUUCCUUUAAGACAAACAUCUAAGUAAUAAAAAUAUGGUUAAGUUUUUCCUGCUCCAGUAUAGAGGUCGUGGGGUUUUGCUUGUUGGCCUUGUGGGACAUUCAGUAGGAACAGAGCCAUUAUUACAGUACGGGACACAAUAAGCAUUUUUUUCUUGCUUCUUGAAGCUGAUGCACCCUAAACUAUUUUGAUACGAGUCGAGUCCUUGUCACAAAGCCAGUUUGUUUGCCUUUGUGAGGCACCAGAAAAAUUACUUGGAUUGAUUCAAAGAUGUGAUAUUGAGUUAUGAUUCAAAGCUAAAUGGACUCUGUGAAAUUGUCUUAUUACAAUAAGUUAUGCUUAACAGCUCAAUAAUAAAAUCUUAAUUACACUGUC